GAGGGGCAGGGACUGGUGGUGCUAGGCUGUAAGGGCUGUCAGCUGGGCCCCACCCCAGAGCUGGCUGUAUCUCAGUGCUGGGUGUUAUACUUGGCCAUUCCACCCCAGAGCUGGCUGCAUGUCUGCCUCCCCCAUAUACUGUUACACACAACCGCCACAACCCCAGAGCAGGCUGCAUCCUGGCAUCGAAGGGUCCCUUCUUAUGCAGUGUUAGACUUGGCUAUUCCCAGGCUUCCCACCCCAGAGCUAGGCACAUCUCAGUCUUCUCCAUGCCAUGUUAUACUUGGUCAUUCCCCAGCUCCUGAAUCCCAGAGCCUGCCACAUCUCAGCUUCCUCAUGUGCUCAUAUACUCAGCAGUCUGCAGCCACCACAAUCCCAGAGCUGCCUGCAUUUUGGUGUUGAGGGGUCCCUUAUGUGCAGUUCUACUUGGCCAUUCUGUAACUGCCCCAACCCAGAGCUGGCCGCAUCUCUGCGCUCCCUUUAGGGGCUCUAAAACAGAGGAAAGUCCUGGAUUAGCCUUUGCACCAGGAGGGCUUCUCUGGUGUUAAGAUGUGGCCAUCUCUGGGAUGGAGCAGCUGAGUAUAAUGCCUUGCCCAGCACAGAGAUGCAUUCAGCUCUUGGGUGGAACAGGUGAGUGUAAUGCCACAGAUGCAGGCUGUGCCAAGAUGCAGCUAGCUCUGGGGUGGAACCGCUCGAGUAUAACACUAUACAGAGGCUGUACCCAGUGUAAGGUUGUAAUCAGUUCUGAGGUGGAGCUGCUGGGGAAUAGCUGACAUGCUGUAGAGGGAGAGCUGAGUUGCAGCCAGCUCUGGGGUUCUGUAUCUGGGGAAAGUCUGAGUAUGGUACUGCAUGGGAGGACUGAGAUGUGGCCAGCUCUGGGGUAGAACAGGCUGAGUGUAACACUAUAUGCAGAGACUGCACCCAGUGUCAGGAUGCAGUCAGCUCUGGAGUGGAGCAUCUGGGGAACAGCUGAAUAUAACACUGCAGGGAAGGCUGAGUUGCAGCCAGCUCUGGGGCACAGUAUCUGGCAAACAUCUGAAUACAACCCUGCUGGGGGAAGGCCAAGAUGCAGUCAGCUCUGAGGUGCUGCCUGGCAUAUGGGGAUGGCAACCGGGGAGGAGAUGGCCCCAACCCUAGGUCCUGAGGAACUAAGUGCUGGCCUGGAGGAAGCAGCUCCUGGCUCCAUUCCCAGCCCCAGCCCUGGAGCCUCUCGUGGGGUGGAGGAGGCUGGGGGCCCGGGCUGGCGGGCACGGCGCAAGCACGUGUUUGUGUUGAGUGAGGCAGGGAAGCCCAUCUACUCACGCUAUGGCAGCGAGGAGGCACUCUCGGCCACCAUGGGUGUCAUGACGGCCCUCGUCUCCUUCGUGGAGAGUGGCCAUGAUGCUAUCCGUUCCAUCUGCUCUGAGGACCGGAAACUGGUGUUUGAGCAGCAAGGCCCACUGGUGCUGGUGUCGGUGUCACGCACGCGACAGUCGGAGGGGCAGCUGCGCCGGGAGCUGCUGGCCGUGCAUGGGCAGAUCCUGAGUGUGCUGACACGUGGUGCUAUCGCCCGCCUCUUCCAGCGCCGCCAGGGCUAUGACUUGCGGCGCCUGUUGGCUGGCUCAGAGCGCCUGCUGGACGGGCUACUGGGUCAGUUAGAAAGCGAUGCUGGCUUCCUGCUAGGUGCUGUGCGCUGCCUGCCCCUGGCCCCCGGCCUCCGUGAUGCUCUUGGUGCCCUGCUCCAAAAGGCCACUGCCCCCAAUCUCGUCCUCUCGCUGCUGCUGGCUGGGCCUGGCUGGGGAGAGACUGGGGUGGUAGAGGGCAAGGGGGGGCAGGGGGUGAUGGAGAGGCAGGCAGGGCAGGACAAGGAGGGAGGGAUUCAACAGGAGGGGCAUAGAGAGCCAGUUCUACAGGGUGGGUCUAGGGAUGGGGAGCUGAGAGAGGGGGUCCGACAGGGGUCUAGGGAGGAGUCUCAACAGGGGAUACCUAGGGAGGGGAAGCUGAAGGAGGAGCCUCAACAGGGGGUAGCUAGGGAAGGGCUCCAAGUGGGAGUGCUGAGUGAGGGGGUUCAGGAGGGGGGGUUCAGCAAGUGGACUCAGCAGGGGGCCCUAGGGAAGAGGGUCCAGCAGGGGGUGCUGAGGGAGGAGCCUCAGCUUGUGCAAAGAGAGGGGGGUCAACAGGAGGUGUCCAGGCAGGGGGAAGUGAGUGAGGGCUCUCAGCUGGGGGUACCUAGAGAGGGCUUUCAGCUUGGGCUACAAAGGCAGGAUUCUCAGCUGGGGGAUCCUAAGGAGGGCUCUCAGCCAGGGCUCCCAAGGCAGGAUCCUCAGCCAGGGGCUCCUAGGGAGGGCUUACAGCCAGGACCCCUGAGGCUAGAUUCUCAUCUGGGGCGGCCAAGGGAAGGUCCUCGUAGUCGGGGGGCGCCGCCGGGGCAGCUGCAGCUGGUGGCUGCAGCACAGGAGCGAGCAGUGCUAGAGGAGUGUCGCCUGCACCCCAGUGACCUGCAGCUACUGCUGAACCUGGUGGGGGCGAGUGCGGGUGGGCAGGCAGGUGAGAUGUGGACGCCUGUGUGUCUGCCCCGCUUCAACCCUGAUGGCUACUUCUACGCCUACGUGGCACGGCUGGAGGCUGAGGGCCGCGUCUGCCUGACUCUGCUGUCCACCGACCGUGAGGCCUUCUAUGCGGCUGCUGCCUGCCGCCGCCGCAUUGAGGAGGGGCUGCGGGCCCACGGCUGCCUGCCCGGCCUAGUGGGGGCACUGCGGACACCUGCCUAUGGGGUGGGCGCCGUAGGGCUGCCUGAGUUGCGCCACUUCAUCUACAAGCCCCUUGACAUCCCUGACAACUACCGCCAGCUGCCCCAGUUCACCAGCCCAGAGCUAGAGGAGCCCUACUCCAGCGAGGAGGAGCGGUACCGCCUGUUUGACCUCUACCAUUACCUACACAGCCGCAUCCACAGCUCCUCACGGCCCCUGCGCCUCAUCUACCAUGUGGCUGAGAGGGAAACGCUGUUGGCCUGGGUCACCAGCAAGUUCGAGCUCUACACCUGCUUCAGCCCACUGGUGACCAAGGCUGGUGCUAUCAACAUCCUCACCAAGCUGCUACGCUGGAUCAAGAAGGAGGAAGACCGGCUCUUUAUCCGCUACCCGCCCAAGUACUCUACCACACCUCACUCUGCCAAGGGCACUAAGGCAGCCCGGCCUGAUGGGGCUGAAAACGGCUUCUUCUCUGGGCUCUAGGCCUCUCCCACAGCUUUGGAAGAAGGGGGUGCUAGGGGAGAGUAACACCCCCUUCCGCCCUGUGUUUUGGGGGCAAGUAGCUAAUUUUAGGUCCCCUGUCCUCUUCCAGAGGGGGUUUGGACUUGUCUUGAGGAGAAAUUAUCUCCAUGCCACGGUGACCUGUGUUAUUUAUUGUAUGGGCUGGGGGGAGGGGAGUGGCUAAGCCUGGAGCCAGGGUAUCAGGGUGGUGGGGGUAUCAGGCAUUUGCAGGGUGUUUAUUUGCCCUGGCCUGGGGCAAUAAAUCCCCAGCUUGCUUCUCAAGGUGAUGGGGGGGAGGGGGCGUGCUGAGAGCAACAAGUUUGUCUUCUUUCCAUGUUUCCUUGGGCACCAAGUUAGCCAUGGCUUUCUUGAACAUGGGGCCAUGAGGCAUUUUUCCCUCUGCUUCAGAGGGAUUCAGGGGCAUUCCUCCCCCUUCCUAGCAUUCUCCAGUUCCUUCUAAAUGGGUGUUUAACCAGUGGAGCCUGUGGUUUUGGUGUGUCCCCCACCCACUGUGGGUAGGCCAGUCACCCCCGCCUCCACCCUGCUGUUGAGUUUGGGGUUCCCUGCUGCUUUUGAGGCCAGAAAUGCAGCCACCUCCUGGGAGAAACUAGAAUGACAUUGGUUCCUCCAACACACCCUGGCUCCUCCCUGUGUUUGUUACCCUCCCCCCUCUGUGGCGUCCAGGUGUCUGUCCAUCUUUUGCACUUGUGUCCCGGGGGGGGGAGGGGGGGGGGGCAUGUUGGACAGCCCAGAAUCCUUUGCACAUGCAAACUACUGGCCUCUAAACUGCACUUGAAUCCCCUAAGGACUGCCAGCGUGGCUGAGGCAGUCUCCUUUGGGUGUUUUUUGUCCCCCUUUUUACUCCCAUUGCUCAUGUCUCCCUCCUGGGAGCCCUGGCAGCCCUUCCCCUCCUCCUAUCCCUUGCUUUGGGUUGGCGUUGGUAGGGUAGGGUGGGGCAGGGGGGGAGUGGAUUUCCAUGCAUGGCAUAUCAUGCUGGGGUUUCCUUCGGGUCAGACUGGUGUACUGAGAAUCCAAAUAUCUUAUUAAAAAGGAAAAAAAAAUCCAAA